UGCACUCUUUUCACCAUCAUUUGCCUCAUAGCUGCUAUUUUGCUUGGUUAAACAUAAUUUUUGGGCUGUGUUAACUUCAAGGAGUGUUUUCUUUCAUGCAUGGCCACACCUCUGGCCACUCCAUUCGUAGUAGUAGUUGUAGUAGUAGUAGUAUUAAUAAUACAUUAGUCUUAGUGAGAGAAAAUACUGAUGAAAAUGAGCAUAACACUCACAAAGGUUAGCUUCUAAGAAAGUAAUGGAGUGUGGAAUAUUGAAUACAUACAUGUGUAAUGUACUGUAGCGUAAUUUGAUAUUGUGUAGGAGGGAGGAGCUAAAAAGUGCAUCACUACCCAUUUUUCUGUCUUAUUUCAGUGAUCUGACUGAUUAAAGGAAGACAGAAAAGAGAAGAGGAAAGUGCAAGAAAAAGUGCAAGCAAGGGAUCGGCCUGAGGAUACAUUUCCAAGUCUUGACGGGUGGUUUUUUUUUUUGUUUUGUUUGGUUUUUUUUACAGCUAUAACCUUCAUCAUUAAACUUUGUAAUGUUAGUUUUUGCUUAGAUACAGAAAAAAAAACAUUGACUUAAAAACACACCUACAAAACUUCCAGCAGAAUGGCCUCUAACAGCACUUUUAUCCUCCCUCCUGAUACUGAAGUGUCCAGCAAAAAUGAUAAAACCACAGUGGACGUUGAUGCUAUUAUGGACAACAUCACUAUUUUCUUUUACACUAUCACUAUCCUUUUGGGCACCACUGGAAACGCUGUGGUCAUCUGGAUGUCUGGAUUCCGUCUUAAAGCCAAUGUCACCAACGUGUGGCUGGCCAACUUGGCUGUGGCAGACCUGAUUUUUUGCCUCACUCGUGUCACUUCAUUGAUUAAAAAACUUUUCUAUGAUUAUUGGCCCUUUGGCAUCUUCCUCUGCAAGUUCAAUGGAUUCUUCAAGUACACCAAUAUGUUCUGCAGUGUGUUCAUCCUGGCUGUCAUUAGUCUGGAUCGGGCAGUUUGUGUUUGGCGGCCAGUGUUUACCAGGCAGCGGCGAACUCUACGUGCAGCUAGACUCAUCAGCGUUGGGGUUUGGAUUGUGGCAGUGAUCUUCAGUGUACCAUAUUAUGCGUACCGGCAAGUACAUAAAGGCAAGAACAACUUGAGCAAGUGCUCCAUGGAGGUGCCGCAAUCAAAUGAAGGAGACAACAGAGCUAAACUGGCCUUGUACGGCAUUCGUUUCUUAUGUGGAUUUUUGUUGCCCUUCCUCGUCAUCCUAACCUGCUAUGUACUAGCUGGUUUAGGGAUACGGAGAACACGUAUCCUGCACAAAUCCCGACCCCUUCGAAUUCUUGUUUGCUUGGUCUGUGCCUUCUUCCUGUGCUGGGGGCCUUACCACUGCCUCCUUUUGGCCAAGAUGGCGGACAGCAAGAGCCAGGCAGUAAAAGUGGGCCUGCCCAUAGCUAAAGGCAUAGCCUACUUCAACAGCUGUGUUAACCCACUUUUGUACUUCUGUAUGGGGCUGGACAUGAGGCUGCGCUUUAAGCAAACCCUAUCUCAGGUUUACGCUAGAGCUCUAGCCGAAGACUGGAAGGGGCAGACCUUACAGUCUAAGGAAAGCACAGGAACAGGAACAGUGGAUGACAGUGGAGUUAAAUUUCAAGAGUCAAAGUGACAGGGAAGUACACGUCUUUCAGAAUAAUUAUUGCAUGGGUUCCACGGUAGACCGUAGUGAGUCAUUAUUGACAUUAGUCUGUCGUCAGUAGUUAAGAGGCUAAUUUAAAAUACAUUUAUGUUAAUGUUAAGUCGUUAGUAACUAACAUUACUUAUCAUUAAUAUUAACAAAUGUUAAACUAAUAAACCAUAAGUACUGUUAACGAGGUAAGUUAACACAUUUGUGUCAUCUAGCAAUAACACUGAACCCAUAAGGCUGAGAAACAUACAGGUUAGGUUCAAAACCUGAAAUGGCCAGCAAGUGCAACUAGAGCACUAUAUACAACUAGAACUAUAUUACAGUUACAGGCUAAUUUAAUUACCAUCUUGCAAGUGGUCAUUAUUCUAGAGGUUCACAUAUUUGAACUUUAUUAUUUAUAGUUUAUAAGUUCUUCACUUUUUUUUUUUUAUUAAGUGAGCCUUUUUUAAUCUUCAGUAUGGCUUGGAUGAUAUCACAACAUUCCAUGAGACAUUAACUCAUGCAGAAAUCCAUAUAAUUAACAAAGCAAGUUAACACAUUUAUUAACUGAUGUGUUUAAUUGCUAUCCAAGUAUACCCACACUGACUAAUCUUUAUUCAAUAUACAUAGUUACUUGGCUAAUAUUACUUAUGGUGUACACA